AUGUCUUCUCACACCCGAAACACCAGCGGAAGCAGCCACAUUUCUCUGCUCCGUCUCCCUAGCCCCAUUGAGCUAGACGAGGAUCACACUUUCUCCAAAACAUCUCGCUACCCCCUCGAUCACACAGACUACGAGCCAUGCCGCAAGAGAAUCAUCAACACCAGCUUCGGUGCUCGUCAGAUCAUCCGUUUUAUCAACCAUCUCGAGACCCAUGAUCACGCCCAAUACGAUGCCGCGGUUAAGAGGCUUAUCGAGAUUGGUGUCGAUGUGGAUGACCUAGUUCGUCUUUCUAAGCGCCGAGCUGAGGUUCCGUGGGAAGAGAGUUGGCCUUAUAACUGGGAGAAGAAGGAAGGCUUGGUGUUGGGAUACAUGAAGAGGAACUUGCCUCGUUGGAUUGCGAUUAUGAAGAAGACAGAGGCUCGGGAGGCUGCUGAAGCUCUGGGCGAAACUCUUGAAGACGAUGAUUCAGAUGAUUAUAUCACUGCUGAUGAGAUGGAUGAGACACAAGCUACCCAGGAGGUUGUGGAUAUCGAAGAGACGAAAGGUUCACCAGCUAAGGACAAUGACAUCUAUAGUGAGUCGCGUCUUCCUAAGGGUUCUAUGACUCUCAGGGAGUUGAUUGCGUCCUAUCGCAAGGCCCAUGCGGAGCAGAAGCGAGCUGAACGGAUGCAGAAUCAGUAG